AUGACAAAUUUUUCGAAAUAUCCACCACAAACUUCUCAAAAAAAUCUUCAAAUACUUUUAGAAUCAGCUAUUGAUUGGUCAUUAGCUCAUGUUAUUCAUGCUCCAAUAUCUUUAUUUCCUUCACCAUUUCCAAGAAAACAAUUUGAAUUAGCUUUAGAAUUGCAACCAAUAUUUAAUCGAUUAUUUUUUGAAUUAUCUCAAAAUCAUGAAUUUAUAAAGGAUGUUAUUGAAGAAUCAGAUUAUAUUUUGCAUGUUUCAUCUAAUAAUCAAGACGAAGCACAUAUUCAACAAGUAGAAUUUAAUACAAUUGCUUCAUCUUUUUCAACACUUCCAGAAAAUGAUUCGAUGAAUAUAUUAAUGGUAGUUCAACCGACAGAACGUAAUAUUUUUGAUCAACGGUGGAUCGAAUAUACUUUACUUAAAAAUCAUAAAGUUCAUCUUAUACGCAAAGAUCUUUUAGAAAUUAGCCAAGAAGGUAAAUUGGAUCCAAUAACCAAAGCUUUGAUAAUUGAUGGGAAAGAAAUCUCUGUCACCUAUUUUCGUUCAGGGUACAGUCCUCACGAUCAUCUUUCUGACGAGGAUUGGAAUGCCAGAUUAUUGAUUGAACGUUCUAAAUCAAUCAAAUGUCCAACUGCCGCAUAUCAACUUGUUGGAGCAAAGAAAGUGCAACAAGUAUUAGCGGCCCCUGGUGUAUUAGAAAGAUACAUUCCAGAUCCUCUAGAGGUCAAAAAAUUACGUUCUUGUUUUGCUGGAUUAUAUCCUCUUGAUUCUUCUCCUGAAGGUGAGAAGGCAGCUAAAGCAGCAUUAGAAAAUCCGGAACGUUAUGUUAUGAAACCACAACGUGAAGGAGGAGGUAACAAUUUAUACGCCAAAGAUAUUCCACAAUUCUUAUCAAAGUUAACACCAUCAGAACGUUCUUCAUAUAUUCUAAUGGAUUUAAUAAAACCUCCAUCAAUGAAGAAUAUAAUUUUAUUACGAGGUGAAAUGGUUGAAGGUGAAAUUAUAUCAGAAUUAGGAGUUUAUGGAAUAAUUAUUGGAAAGGGAAAAGAAGUUAUUGUUAACGAAAGAGGUGGACAUUUAUUAAGAACUAAAGGAAAAGAAACUAAUGAAGGAGGAGUUGCUACAGGAUAUGCUGUUGUUGAUUCACCUUUAUUAUUUUAA